GUGAGAUUGGAUUGAUGCAACAGAGCUGAUGAGUGAUGAGAGGAACGGAGGAUUACAGGGACAGUUGAUCUGUGGUCGUCCAGCUCUGCGUGUGUGGGAGAAGCUUCUGACUGAAGAACAUCUGAGAACAUUUCCACUGAAAGUAAGCUGCACAGACAGUCCUGCCUCUUUGGAUCCUCCUGGAAAAAAACUAUAUAUUUACCUUCGGAUGUCUGCUGGUGCAGCCUAAAGGAUGGAGAAGUACGAGAAGAUUGGAAAGAUCGGAGAAGGCUCCUACGGUGUCGUCUUCAAGUGCAGAAACAAAGACACGGGGCAGAUCGUCGCCAUCAAGAAGUUUGUGGAGUCAGAGGACGAUCCCAUCAUCAAGAAGAUCGCUCUGAGGGAGAUCAGGAUGCUGAAGCAACUGAAACACGCCAACCUGGUGAAUCUGAUCGAGGUGUUUCGGCGUAAACGGAAGCUCCACCUCGUGUUCGAGUACUGCGACCACACGGUCCUCAACGAGCUGGACCGACAUCCCAGAGGAGUGCCGGAGCACCUUGUAAAGAGUAUAACGUGGCAGACACUUCAAGCUGUCAACUUCUGUCACAAACAAAAUUGCAUUCACAGAGACGUCAAGCCGGAAAAUAUUCUCAUCACCAAACACCAAGUCAUCAAGCUCUGUGACUUUGGGUUUGCACGGAUUCUCACUGGUCCAUGUGACUACUACACGGACUACGUGGCGACUCGUUGGUACCGCGCCCCGGAGCUGCUGGUGGGAGACACUCAGUACGGCCCUCCGGUGGACGUCUGGGCCAUCGGCUGUGUGUUCUCCGAGCUGCUGUCCGGGAUGCCACUGUGGCCCGGCAAGUCUGACAUGGAUCAGCUGUACCUGAUCAGAAAGACUCUCGGAGAUCUGAUCCCUCGACACCAGCAGGUCUUCAGCAACAACCAGUUCUUCUGUGGAGUUUCCAUCCCAGAGCCACAGGAGAUGGAAGCUUUGGAGCAGAAAUAUCCAAAUCUCUCACAUCAAGCUCUGAGUCUCAUGAAGGGCUGUCUGAGGAUGGACCCGUCCGAGCGGCUGACCUGUGAGCAGCUCCUCCAGCAUCCGUACUUCGACAGCCUGCGAGAAAAGAGCUCCAGCACCUCUCGAGAGCAGGACCGCUCCAGCAACAAGAGGACACGUUUACCUCGCAAACACCUUCCUCCCGGGUAUUUGCCUCAGCUGACAGGCAGCAGCAUCUUCCCAGUUUUGGACAAUAAGAAAUACUACAACAACCUGCGCAAAUUCAACUAUCAUCUACCGAACAUCUAGACCGGAGCUGGAUCAAACCCUCCCAACACCGUCGAUGAGCAGCGUUUCCUGAAAACUCCACCUUCUGGUAGCACCUUGUUUUUUAAGGAGAGGAUUCAACCACUUUUUUUAACGUUUUUGUUAAUCACGUCGGGUGUGUCGGGUGUCUCUUGAUACUGAUGUCAGUCUAUGCACUAUUCCCCAACAUGUGGACUCGACACAUGUUGGUUUAUGUAUGUUGCCUACGUUUCAAGCUGAUUUUAUAAAGACAAGGAGCGGUGUGCUCUGCUCGUAGUCUCUUAGUAGACUGAAGGUAAAACUACGAC